GCGCAACAAGGCGCAUGUUUUCGAUGCGGUAAAUCGGGGCAUUGGGAAGGCAAGUGUCGUUUUAAAUAUUAUAAUUGUGAUUCGUGUGGUAAGAGAGGCCAUAUUAAAUCGGUUUGUACAAAAGGUAGAACGGUCAAAAAUGUCGAAAAGAAUUCAUGUAAAAAUCAAUUUUUUUUUUAAUGAUUCAGACAGUGACAAAGAAAGUUGUAAUUUUUAUAAUUUAGUUAUAAGUAGCGAGGGUGAUGGGCCUUAUUUUGCAAUGUUGAAGGUUGAGAAUAUUUUAUGUAAAUUUGAGAUAGAUACGGGGAGCAAGCUAUCUGUAAUUUCAAAAAAUGAUUACGAUAAAAAAAUUUCAAAGUUACCGUUGCGACAAAAACAACUAUGCCUCAAGUCGUACACGGGGGAUAUCAUCGAGACUAUUGGUUAUAUUUUAGUUAACGUUCGCUGCGGUGAUAAGAACGAAUUAUUGCAUUUGCAUGUAAUUAAAAAUGGCGGCCCGCCUCUAAUGGGCCGCACAUGGAUCAAUCGCCUCAAGUUAAAUAUUGAUUGUCAUAAUUUAUCCGAGGAUUCGAUGGCAACCUCGUUACGUCGAGAAUUUCCGGAGGUUUUUGCUGAAGGAUUAGGUACAUUUAAAACGGAAUUUAAACUUUAUCUAAAGAAUGAUACACCUGUUUUUGUUAAAGCACGUUCGAUCCCUAUUGCAUUGCGAAAGCCGGUCGAAGAGGAGCUCGAGCGUUUGCAGCGGGAUGACGUCAUCUACAAGGUGGAGCGCUCCGAUUACGGUACACCUAUUGUGCCGGUCAUUAAGAGCAAUGGUAACAUACGUCUUUGUGGCGAUUACAAAAUAACAAUAAAUCCGCUAUUAAAGGAUUAUCAUUACCCGCUGCCACGUAUCGAGGACCUCUUCGCCGCUCUGGGAGGAGUGGACAGCAGCGCGUACGGGCUAGGCGCGGUGUUGACGCAACGCGACGCGGAGGGCCGCGAGCGCCCUCUGUGCUGCGCCUCGCGCACUCUCAAUGCGGCCGAGCUCAACUACUCGCAGCUCGACAAGGAGGCGCUCGCGAUCGUGUUCGGCGUCACCAAACAUCAUAAUUAUUUAUACGGCCGGUAUUUUACUAUACGCAGCGACCAUCGCCCGCUCAGUUAUAUUUUCGGUAAAAACAAAGGGCUGCCGGUAACCGCCGCUAGUCGAAUACAACGAUAUGCCGUAAAAUUAGCCGCUUAUAAUUUUGGUAUUGAAUUUGUUACUUCUACAAAAAAUUGUUUCGCAGAUGCCUUAUCGCGCCUUCCUUUAAAAUAUUGCGAUAAGCCAACAAAUUAUAUAAAGAGCAAAAAUACCAGUAGCUAUCUUAAUUUCGUACAGGAAAACUUUCCUAUCAGUUUUAAAGAGGUUCGGGUCGAAACAAUGAGAGAUGCAUUAUUGAGCAAGAUAUACGGUUUUGUUUUGCACGGUUGGCCAACCCAUUAUAAUUAUAGCGAUACAGAAAAAAAAAUAUUAUAGUAAAAGAGACAGUUUGCAUAUUGAUCAAGGUUGUUUAAUUUGGGGUUAUCGUAUAGUCAUACCGAGUGCCUUAAGGGCUGCAAUUCUUAGAGAGUUACACGACGGUCAUCCCGGUAUAGUCAAAAUGAAACAGAUCGCACGUAAUUAUGUGUGGUGGGAGGAUAUAGACCGCGAGUUGGAGCGGGCGACACGGGAGUGCGCUGCGUGCGGCGAAGCCCGCCCCGCACCCCC